CUUCUUAAUCUUUACUGCUAUGGACGCUAAUCACUAACUGAAUGUCUUCACGUGAGUGUUAUUUAGGGACUGGGGAUUUAAAAACCUUGUAAACGCUUCAUGUGCCAAUAUCUCCCCAAGUGUUCUAAUUUUGCUUUAUUGACAUGAGCUAAGCAGUCCACGAUGAGAGAGUGGUGGGUCCAAGUUGGCUUGCUGUGCAUUCCGCUGAUGGCUGUCUACGUCCACAUGCCGCCGCCUAAGCUGUCGUUUGCCGUGCGCAGGUGGCAACACGCCGGGAAAACCUUCACCUUCAGGGGGAACAAGAUUUUCUACAUAGACACUCCCGGCACCUUGGGAAAUACCGACAUCGUUCUUCUCCUCCACGGCUAUCCCGCCUCGAGCUAUGAUUGGAGCAAGAUUUGGCAUCAGCUCACCCAACACUUCAUACGGGUCAUAGCACUGGACUUCUUGGGCUUCGGCUUAAGCGACAAGCCACUACCACACAACUACUCCAUCUUUGAGCAGGCCAGCGUGGUGGAAGCGCUGGUGGUAGAGUUGGGUCUGGCCAACCAGCGCAUCAACCUGGUGGCUCAUGACUACGGUGACACGGUGGCGCUAGAGCUGGUUUACAGGAGGGAUCAGAACCGUACAGGUCACCUGAACAUCAAAAGUCUUUGUCUCUCAAAUGGAGGCUUGUUUCCGGAAGUCAACUAUCCUCGCCUGCUGCAGAGGCUUCUCAAGGACUCCACGUACCUGGCUCCCGUCCUCCUGAGGAUCGGCAACUAUAUGUUCUUCAACAAUGGGAUGAGGGAGGUUUUCGGGCCGUACACGAAGCCGACGAACGCUGAGUUGUGGAACAUGUGGGUCAGUAUUCGCUACAAUGAUGGGCACCUUGUUUUGGACAGUCUUCUACAGUACAUCAAUCAGAGAAUAAAACACAGGGAGCGAUGGGUCGGCGCACUCACGACCACGUCCGUGCCACUGCACUUGAUCUACGGCCCAAUGGAUCCGGUUAACCCCCAUCCCGAGUUUAUCGAACUUUACAAGAAACUGGUGAAAAGGUCGACUGUCACCGUGUUAAAUGAGUACAUCGGUCAUUACCCACAGUUGGAAGACCCCAUAGGCUUUCUUGCCGCUUACUUAAAAUUUAUUCACUCGUUUUGAACUUGAGUGAGCAAAGAGCUUGAUGAUCAAAUAAAUAGUUUUGUACAAAAGAA